AUGCCUUUGAGGAACUUGGACAACAUAGCAGGACGAAAGCUGAACAAGAGCCUGAUAAGUGAAAUGGAAGUUGAUUCGGAAACUUCUUGUCAGUUUGAGUGUGUGGAGGCAGAGCGAUGUCAGUCAUACAACUUUAGAACCAUAAAGGGCGACUCAGGGAAAUUCAAGUGUCAACUGAGCGACUCUGAUCGAUUUUUUGGAUUUGCCAACUUAACUGAAGACAAAGAUUUUAUUUAUAGAGGACUAAUGAGCGCUUGCGAGGAGGACAGGUUUCAAUGUGGCAAAAAUGGAAUCUGCAUUCCCAAUUAUGUAGAUGGAAGCGCACGAUGCAAAUGUGACGAUGGCUAUACUGGAAAACCUUGCAAGGGGAAGAGCUGCUCUCAAUUGUUUCAAGAUGGUUUUAAUGUCAGUGGCCUGUACACCAUCAAUCCAGAUGGCGGCAAACCGAUACAAGUGUUAUGUGAUAUGACCACGGAUGGCGGAGGUUGGACCGUAUUUCAAAGACGUUUAGACGGCUCUGUUGACUUUUAUCUUGGAUGGGAAUCCUACAAAAAUGGGUUUGGAAAUCUAAACGGUGAGUUCUGGCUUGGAAACGACAAUCUUCACCUUUUAACAGCAGUUGAUAACGUGAUGAUGAGAGUUGACCUGGAAGACUUUGACGGCAACAUCACCUACGCUGAGUACAAGACUUUUAAGGUGGCAGGCGAAGCUGAUAAGUAUCAGCUUUUGAUUGGCGGAUACAACGGCACGGCUGGUGACUCUAUGACAGGACGACACAACCAUAUGAAUUUUUCUACGAAAGAUCAAGACAAUGACAUAUAUAGUCACCACUGCGCCCAACUGUACAAAGGAGCCUGGUGGUACGACCGAUGCCAUAGGUCCAAUUUAAACGGAUUAUAUCUCAAUGGUCGACAAACCACUUAUGCUAACGGAGUCAACUGGUACGCUUUCAGGGGCUAUUAUUACUCUCUAAGACGCACUGAGAUGAAAGUUAAAACCAAGGGAUAGGAUGGUUUCUAUCGCGGGAUAACAAAUGCAUGGUAUCACGCAUGACGUCAUCAAAGCAUUGGAUUAAUCCUGACUGACUAGUAGUUUUAGCAUGAACUGCCGUAAAAGCAGGCAUAUUCUCAUUCCUUGUCAAUACUAUCCGUAUUUAAUGUCAUUUUUUGAUGGAGACCUGGUAUGUUCUUGGUUUAUCUCAGGGGAUUGUCCAUAUUGCCAUUAUUAGAUUAACCUUUAGUUUGUUUAGGUUUGUAUAAUUGCAAGUGCUCAUUCUCUUUGUGGGAGCCUCACGUGGGUGCGAGUGUCCCGUUCGCGUCUCUCCCUUGUGUGCCUGUUAAAUAUUUAGUAAUAGACUCGUUUGGGCGGCAGGUAUGUCGCCUGAUAAUGUCCGCGGCUAAGAUAUUGUCCGAAAAAUUAAUAUGUGGUCGAGAAGCGAAGCUUCCGAGGCAAAUGUGAAAUUUUGAGGACAAUCUCUCUGUAGUGG